UGGCUGGUGCGUCAGUCAGGCUCGAGACACCCGCGUGAACGGAGCGGUGGUUGCCUCCCUUAUUCGGUACGUACGUUCGAUGCGCCCCCUCCAUCAGCCCUUUGGCCACCUAACAAGAGUUUCGUUUCUCAAGGCAGUGUCGCGCUGAGUGUCGUACUGGCCGUAUUGCUUUCUUCUCCUUUUAGAUACAUCAUUUUCCGGUGUUUUCUAGUUCGGGUAUCCGUAACACCCCCUUCGUGCAUUCGAUUUUGUGCAGCGUUUCAAGCAUUUCCCAGAAGAGGAGCUACGCAGAGAAGCGAGAGAAAGAGGUAGAAGGUUCUUCGCCCGUUUACACCAUCGAGACCUAUUCGAGAGGAAUUCGAGGCGAAAGGAGGACGAAGACAGUGAGGACUACGCUACGCUAACAGCCGAGUGUCCACGGUGCGAGUGUCCGAGGAAGCGGACGCGCCAUAAUGGCGGAGGUGGCGACCAAGAAGUCGAUCAACGUAGUAAGUAGCAAGAAAAACGAAGUGUGCAGUGUUCAAUCUAACAAUGGUUUGAUCGAGUUGGAUAACCUAACCGCCGGUAACAAACAACUAAUCUCGCUGUGUGACACCAACGACGACGAGGACGACCUAAUCCUGACUAAUAACACGCGUAACGAGUUGGACAGCGACGAUAAGAGUCUUCAGGAAUUGAUCGAGAGCGAGUUGGCACUAAGAAUCUGUUCGAACAACGAGCCGCAGCAAGCGAGCAUCCGCGACUCGGACAUGGAACAACCAGGAGAAGAAGAAGAUGAAGAAGAUGAAGAAAUCACCAACGAACCGGAAACGGUCAAAAGGAUCCUUCUAGACAGACAACAGGAUAUCGUUGACGUGAAUUCAGAGUUUAUCGCGGCGGAAAGCGAGCAUUCGGCUUUUAUUGAAAAAUCCUACAAUUAUCAAAACGGUCACAUGUCACCGGACACAAAAAUUUCUUACGAGGAGGAGGUGAAGCCGGAGCCGAUCAUGGUUGCUAUCAGAGACGAGCAGGAGGAACAGGAGGUAGAAGAAGAACAGGUAUUCGAUGAACAACCGGAAGUUGGCAGCACGAUAGUCGUUCAAGAAACAACGACGAUCGAGAUGGAUCGAUCGGCACGCGACUCGUCGGACGAUGACAAACCGUUCCGGCAAAACGAGGAUAACGAGGAUAACGAGGAUCCUUCUCCGAGUUAUCCUGUUUGCAGGCCGGCGGAGGUUGGGGAUAGGCCACCGGAAGUGUCCAGCAUGAUCGUGGAAUCGUUCGAGCCCAGCUGCGAAAACGAACAGGACCGAGUAACCACAAUGCCUGUCGUGUACGGCGACAAGUAUCAAGAAGAAAGAGAGCUCGAUCAGACGGAAGCUGGAGCAACCACGGAGAGUGAUCCUAUGAAAAGUGACCAAUUCGAUAACUGGACGGAACAGUCAGCUUUCGUUGAAAAUCAACAAACUGGUCAGUUUUCGGAUAAUUUUGAUCAGACUCUGUGCCAAGAGGGCAUCGAACUCUACUCCACCGACCAACAAUUAGUCGAGGAGUCCCCGUUACGAGAAAACAGCGAACUAGAAUCUAAAUGUAACAAGGAAGACUUGAAAGUAUCGAAAACAGAAGAAAAGAUUCCUUCUAACGUUGCGGAAGAACCGGAAGAACCGGAAGAACCGGAAGAACCAGAAGAGAAGGCUCCAGGAUCUCCUGUACAAUCGAGAAGCUUCGACGAUGGUGUGAUGAGUCGAUCCGAGAGUUCUGCCGAUGCCAUCAGUACUCAAGAGUUCAUAGAUACCGAACGACGAGUGCUGAGCGAGGAUAAUGGCGAUCAACAGAUUCAGGAAGAGGUCCAACCUCCGUCCACGGAAAAGAACGAGCCUCCGAUAGAAGAAGAAAUAAAAGAUAAGACGGAUGAACAAAACGCGAUAGCGGAAUCGUCCAGUGAAUUGUCGGUUUCUGAGCCUACGUUUAUCGAGAAGACCGAAGUGGUGAUAUCCGAGAGUAACGUAACCAUUUUUUCGGAAACGAGAUGCCUAGAGACCGGAAACGAAUCGGAAGCAUUAAUCGAGGAACAGAUUCAAAGCGAACAACAACAACAACAACAACAACUCGAUUCAGGAAGCUCUCUUCGUGCACCACUUGCCACGCCCGAUGACGAAAUCAGCGACGUUUCUAACGCGUGUGACAGCGAAAGCCGCGAGGAGACGAUAACAACGAGCACAACGGUGACAUCGCCAGGCACAAAGGUCGGUACGAAGACGAAGAAGAAGAAAAUCGAGGGGGUAGCUGGAAACGAUGCCUCGCCUAACCUCACUCCCCGCACAAAGAAGACCAAGAAGAGCAAGAAAAGCGAACUCGAGAAGGAGAACAUCUCUGUGAAUUGUAACAUGCAAGAGUCAAGCAUGCACCCUGGUUCCCGACAGAUUCACCCGGAAACGCUUGAUUUCUCAGACGAGGACGAUUUGUCGAACGUGAACGUGAAAUCUCUGACACAGACUUACGUGUCGGAGACGAGUCGCAACGAACAGGAUCGAUGCUCGAAGGAAAAAAUCGCGACCGGUGUAUCGAUCAAACAAUUGUGUCGUAGCUUUGGCGACAUCUCGAACAUGAGCGACAGCGAUCAGACAUACAGAAAAACGAAUCACACGAUGGAGAACGAGGAGAAAGCAAGGUCGCUGGGUGAUCUACGAUUAUGCGAGAAGGGUUACUCCAAGUUCACCAAAGAUGCACUGGUCUUCGUCGGGGUGUCGGUCAAGGCCCUUAGGGCUUCCUACUGUAGUUUGGCAAACUUAACGAGCCAGGGUAAGGACAUGGAUCGACCGAGGUUCGAGAAGUCGAGCUUCAAUAAAUUCGACGCUCUCAGCAAGAAGACCGUGCUGCAUGUGCGCUCGAUCGACGCGGGCAAAGUGCAACAACAGCUGAAUGCCGUGGGUCAAAACGGGGACACAAAUGCAAACUGCCGUAGCUGUGGCAAGGUCGUCUUCCAAAUGGAACAGACAAAAGCGGAGGGUCUGGUCUGGCACAAGAAUUGCUUCCGGUGCGUCCAGUGUAGCAAGCAGCUUAACGUCGACAAUUACGAAAGCCACGAGAGCACGCUUUACUGUAAGCCACACUUCAAGGAACUCUUCCAACCGAAACCGGUUGAAGAGUCUGAACAACCUGUGCGGCCUCGAAAGCCGGAGCUGAUCAUACGGGAGAACGAGCCGAAAGAGUUGCCGCCCGAUGUGGUCAGAGCUUCCGACAAACCGGACCUGGGUCUCGAGGAGUUGUCGAGCCUGAAUGUCAAGUCCCGGUUCCAAGUGUUCGAAAAGGCUGGCACAGAGACGAACGAGAUCGAAAGGUCGCCGUCACAGAUCGCUGUGAAGAGAUCUCCCAGUAUCCUUAGCAAACUUGCCAAAUUCCAGGCGAAAGGCAUGGAUAUCGGAGUGGCGGAUGAGUCUCUGAAUGGAAUCCCUUACGAAGAGUCGAGCGAAAGCGAAGAGGAAGAAGAGACGGAGGAAACGGAGGAGGUGGAGAGCGAAAUUGUGAAAGCGAAACGCACGACCCGCGAACGUCCGAUCAGCUUCACGAAAAUGGACGACAUAAAGAAUCGUUGGGAGACGACUAGCCAGCAAGGAAGGAAAGAGGUUCAACGGGAAGCGAGAAAAGAGGAGAUCGCUGGCAUUCGUUCGAGGCUAUUCAUGGGUAAACAGGGUAAAAUGAAGGAGAUGUACCAGCAGGCGGUAGCCGGAAGUGAGCGUGUGACGAAGAUCAAUGCAGCAGAAGAGUUGCAACACUCGUCGACCCACGCACGUUCCAUCAAAGAACGAUUCGAACGAGGCGAACCGAUCGCAGCUUCUGACGAUGAGACGGACGGCGGUAAACCGAAACCGGAAAAGGCUGACGAGGAAGUGAUCGCAGCAGGAAUCAGCAGGAAGUCUCGAUCGAUGUUCUUGGAACUGGACGCUUCGGCAGCGAAGACUGGACGACCAGUGACUCCGGUGAACCCGAAGACGCCAGCAGAGGCACCUCGACGCGCCAGAGACGCAUUCAUGGGUCGUCAAGUCUCGGACGACGUGGUUCGGAGCUCGGACACCACCGAGGAGGUACAUGCCGAAACCUCAGACAUUUCGAACAAAUUCAAAUUUUUCGAAUCCUACAAGGAACCGGAAAAGCAACGGAAACAGUUUCGAAUCACUCCUCCGCGCGAUGGUCAAGUCAAGAUGGACUCCCCUGAACGCGAGAUCUACCGUGACCCAGACGUGGUUAGAGCCGAGGACAGGGUCGACGAGGUGGUGCACACAGACACCGCCAGGAAAAUGCUGUCGAUCUUCCGGCAAAUGGAAGAGAACGCAUGCAAACAGGAACUACCAAACGGUCCCAAACCUUUGAAACGUUUCACACCACCGCCAGAAGACAAAUACGCGAAGCCAACAGCGUCAGACUCCGAGGAGGAAGAAGAGGAAGAAGGUGAAGAGUCUGAGGGCGAGGAUAGCGGCGAGGAAAGGGACCCUAACUACGUGCGAGCUUCGGAUAAGGUGGAGGACGAGUUUUUGAAGCAAGCACAGAACGCAGCACGCGCCAAGACCCUGUGCGCGAAAUUCGAACACUGGGAGGAAACAGACGCGAAGACGACUAUGUCGAGCAGUCAGAAUAUCGCGGAAAUGGAAAUCGCGCAGAAUACCGGUGAUCAGUCGAGCAUAGAAUCUGCGAGUAGUCUCAGAGCACGUUUCGAGUCUCUCGGCUCGCAAACGAGCGAAUCACCGCGCACGCCGAAAGUCAAAGUCAAUCGAUUUGUGUAAAAGGACACCGGAAGUGGAGGAUCAACAAGGCUCGAGCACACGGAUUAACAGGGCCUGACCAACACAGACACGACAGAUAUACAGGCAAACGAAACAAAAGAUAAAUAGGACAUAGAAAUGAAAAUACGAAAUUCGUUGGAAUCUUGUGCUUCGUGGGAACCGACAACACUUCCACUUCGUUGUCUGGAUCAUUGUGCGAUUUUUACGUUUCUCUCCCUUUUUUCUUUUUCAAGUCUUUUCUGAGUAGCGUUCUGUUAGUGAAUCUAGCGUACAUUUUAUUAUAUAUUUGUAUCAUGUAGCGAGAUGCACGGAGAACACGGAGAACACGGAGAACACGGAGAACACGGAGACGUCGAGUACUCUUUGCUCGUUGAAACUAUACAAGUUGUUUGUUUCAACAAAUUUUUGCAUAUAGUGUGCAGAUUAAAUCGAUGGAAUUGAAACUCGUUAUACUGCGAAUUACCAGACUCGCGGACCAAUUGAAACGUGUUACUCGACGCGUUCAACGUGUUCGACGCGUUCGCGUCGUGGAACAAAGUUAUAUGUAUUUAACCCUUGGAUGACGGAACAUCAAUUUUAUUUUCUUUAGCUGUUGUGUUAUUCAAAUAGUAAUUCAAUUCGUAAACCAAGGAAGAAAGAGCUCAUUUUUAUGCCAUAGUAUAUAAUACUUUUUUACGCAGAAUUAACAGGGGAUUUUCCAUUAAAAAAAAAUGAUGCAUUUAUCUUUUUCCUUUGGCAUUUUUUCAUGAAUGCGUUAAUAACAGAAUUAUCAGCUGAAUCACCCUGUAUAUCACCCAAGAAUUCUUUUAUUUAAAAAUUUUACCCUUUGCGCGUAUUUAGUAAAUUUCGAUCGCUGUUGACCCAGUUCCGUCGUUCCAGGGGGUUUAAUCGUCUCGCUGAACACGUUCUUCGCCGUUCGAACGUGUUUUUUCCGCGGCUCACAAUCACUUGGCUACAAUAUGUAUUUCGAAUUGCUCUUUUUACACGAGAACAUUUGUAAUACUUUUCCAGAGCCACUUACACAAAACAAAACAAACUGUACGAAAUACUGUUAACGAAUCCACCAGCGACACGAAUAACCUGAUUUACUUUACAUCGAGUGCCAAAGUUUCAGUUUCUUUAGCGCGCAGUUACAUCUUGGCACGUGCAGUUUACGAAAAAGGUGCCAAAUUUGUUUGAUCAAUGUCAAUUUUAUUGAUUUUCGAUCGAUGUCGUUGGGUGGUUCGUUUUUCAAAUAGUCUUUUCCUUUCUCGCGAGUGCCAAGCGAAGAAACGAAAGGAAAAUCAGAGGAUCUUUAAAGAAAAUGAGAUGGGAGUUGCUAUUUGGAGAAAGUAUUCGAUGCUUCCUAAUCACGGUUUCGAGGAUCCUUUUUCAAAGGAUUUUCAACAAAUAAUCUAAACUCUUACGUACUUAGGAUCUACAAGCUUUUCGAGUACUUUUACAGCUUUUCACGUGGUACACAUAGGAAUUUAAUACUCGUCUGCAAAUAGAUAAUUAUGGAGCGAAAGGGAGAAAGAGGAGCUGUUAAAAAUAUUUAUUUUACACCUUUCUAUCCUGAAACUCGAGGAAGCUGUUCCACCUUUGUGUCUGAGAAGUUGCAUUAAUUUUUCACAGACUAAAUUAUAAAUUGAUAAGUGUAUAAGGUAAUAGAAUUCAUUGAAAAAAAAAAAAAAAGCAAAACAAAAAAGAAGGUAAUGAAUCAUUUUUUAAGUAUUCGAAUCCGCAAUACAACUUUUAUACUUUUUUAAAUAUUUUUAGACAGCUUUUUAUUCUUGUUAACAAUAAGAAACGAUAAGAAGGAAUCAGAUAAGAACCGAACGAAUAAACUACAUGUGAUAACGCAAACUAUUUACACUUAUUCCUAUGAUAUAAAAUUGAAUAUUUAAAAAAUGAUUCGUUUUUAAUUCAGCGACAAAUUUGUAGAAAAAUUUAAUACAAUAAGUGACGAAAGGAUUACAAGUUCCAAAACCGGAUAGGUAAACUUCUCACUCGUCAGAGUAAAAUUUGCAAAGUUUUUUUUCAAGCUCCUUGUACUUUGAAUUGAACAGCCCAUGAAUUGAACGUUCGAAGAAUCUUCGUUCCUUCUGAAAAUAUACCAAACAGACUAAGGAUUAAACUGAUACUAGAACGCUAUCGAAUAUAGGCUUUUUUAUAAUUUUUAUAAAGGUCGAGAGACAGAGACGAUACGAGGACUGGGGCAGUCCUUAUAGCUAGAAGAGUCCUUGGCAUAUGUAUACAUUAACCCAUUGCGUUGUACCUAUUAUUAAUUAUUCACGUCAGACAUGAAAUUCAUAGAAAUGUAUUCCUGAAUGCUGCUUCUAUUUCAGCAAUUAUUAGUCGAAAUUUCUAAUUAGCUUCUAAUAAAAGCAAAUAAAAUUGGCUACUCUUUUAACUUAAAAUGGGUUGAUUAACAACGCAACGGGUUAAUUCCUUCACAAUUACCAACGUGGACGCACAGUACUCAUUCAUAUACGUAUACACAUAUAAAUCUCUCUAUAUAAAUAUAUACAUAUAUUUAUCAUUGGUAUAGAAGAAGAACGUGUAUAACGAUCCCCUGAUCUAUUUAAAAGAACGCACCUUCGAAACGAAAGAGAAAGAGAGCUCCUGAAGUUGAUUUCGAUCGUGUUCACGAUUUAUUUUGAUAUCUCUUUUGAAAAUAGAGCUUGAAAUUUUCAAUCUUUUGCCAAGGGAAUUGGAUAAAGAGUGUAAUGAAAAUCUUAAUUAAUAAUAAAACCGAUUCGAAAUACAAUUUCAGGGUUCACGGAAAAAUUUUUCUUUACUGAAAUCGAUCACUUAUGUGUGGUGCGAAAUUUACUGGCAUUAGUGAUUUUUUUUCUUUUUUUUUCUUCUAUCAAAAAGAUUGAAGUAUUAGAUAGGUAGAGAAGUAAAAAGAGAAAGAGAGAGAAAAAGAUCGAAAAGUAUAUGUAUGUAUAUUCUCUACACGACUUGAUCUACCUUUUAUCAUCCAUGAAAAUCAUGAUAAAGAGCUUGAACUCGAUCGAUGUAAUUCAGUGCAAUAAUUUUAAGGGAACAUUGUUAAUCGACGCGAUCGUAAACGUGAACGAAAUGCGCGUUUGUUGUUAAUCGGCGAGAUGGAUAUUUAUUAAUCUUCGAUGAGAAAUGAGUUUGUCGACCGAUCGCUUCAUUCACGGCCUAUUUUACACACACCGCGAUCUGUUUUACGUAGAAUUUUUCGUUAAGUCUUGGAUUGUAUAAUUUUUAAGAGGCGUAUAUGAUACUCAUAUUCUUUACCUUUUCCCGUUUCCUUUUUCCCUUUUUCCCUUUUUCCCUUUUUUUCCUUUUCCCUUUUCACGUGUAACAAUUUAUUACCAUCAUAUUUGCAAACGUUCAAUAAAAGGGCACAUCCUAACGACAAAAAAAGAAGGAAAAAACACAAAA